AUUUCCUUUCUCCAAUUUGACUACAAAUCCGCUACUAUUUAACGUCACUCUUCUCCUCCUAUGAAAUUGAACAAAUAGAAAAGAAAAGAAAAGAAAAGAAAAGAAAAAAUGGCAGUUGACGUCUGCUCAGAGAUUUCUAGCUUGCCAAUCAGUCCAAGAAUCUCGUUCUCUCACGAUCUCAAUCAAACAAAUUCAGUUCUGCCCAGAGAAGAUAUAAACCUUUUGGAUUCGAGCUCCGAUUUCAACUUCUGCAUUCUCAACAGCAAUCUCACUUUGGAACAACUCUCUCCGGCAGACGAGCUCUUCUCCAAUGGUAAGAUUCUUCCUGUCCAAAUCAAGAAAACACCGGCGCUUCCCCCGACGGCUUCUUACCGAAAUUCGGAUUCGAACAUCAACAAGAAGAGGUUGAAAGAAUUCCUAUCCACUAGUUUGGACACAGAUAAUGACGAUGAAAAGCCUCCACAGAGCAAGUCCUUUUGGCAGUUCAGGAGAAGUAGUAGUCUAAAUUUCGACACGGCUCGUGGGAAGAGUUUGAUUCGGUCUCUACAGUUCUUGUCCAGAAGCAACUCAACUGGGUCGGUCCCAAAUCCGAAGCAGAACCAGAAGCCGGGUUUGCAAAAGCAGUCGUCGGUUAAUUCAACGUCGUUUUACAAGAGAUCAACGUCGUUUUCGAGUGGUGGGUAUUACUCCUAUGCCAACAAAGGAUCUCAUGGAAAUGGGGUUAAUAGGGUUAGUCCAGUUCUGAAUCUCCCACAUCCGUACAUUCCCAAAGUUACCAUCAAUUUUUUUGGGUUUGGUUCUCUUUUAUGUAACGGUAAGGUUAGAAGGAAGAAGAAAUGA